AGGUCUGGCAAGCUUUCGAGCGAGGGAAACAUGCCGAAGCGUUGUGCGUAUGGAUUGUGCAAAUUUGAUACCCGGUAUCCUAAAAGUUUGGACGGGGUGGUGGAAUUUUUUCCCUUUCCGAAGCCUAAAACCCAAGGGGAGAAAUGCCGGGCGUGGAUCAAGCAGUGUGGGAGGCCCCAUUCACAACUAAAUGUCGACAGGAUUAACAAAAACACCUACGUUUGCUCCAAGCAUUUUGUUAAUCGACGGCCUACCCCGGAGUACCCCAAUCCGAUCGCGGCUCUCCCGGGGUUAGUUCUAAGGAGGGAACAUCAGGGGGCUUGCCGGAGAUCUCCGAGAAAUCAUUUCAUUAACAGUAGUCACUUAUGUGCUGUCAUACCUGUUUACUACCGUGUAGACUUUAUUUGGGCAGCGAGAUUUAUUACAGAACACAGCAUGCUCUCAUGCUUUAUACAAAGUGCAUUUUAUUUGUUUCUGGUAAGAAACCAAUACAGGAUCAAAACCCCAACAAAACAACAGUGUAAUAAAAUUGAAGCCAGCACCUCAAACUCCACCGAGGACACAUUUCACAGUACAUCACAACAGAGUGACUCUACCUAUGAAGAACAUGAUAUGGGCGACCAUGGAGAGCAACUGAGAACUCUGCAGGACGCAUUAGCCAAUCACAAGCAGGACAUCAUAAAUCUGAAGCUUCAACUCGAGGCAAAGGAUGGCCAACUCCAUCAUCUUCAAAAGGAACUUCA